GGAGUCCAGUAGAGGCCGUGGGUGCAGCACGAGCUUGGAUGAGGUCGAAUUCUUCCAUAUAUCGUUCGUUCGAUGACACCCGUUGGUACCGCGACCGCGAUAGUGCCAAUGAUGCUAGCGGCAGCGAGAAUGAGGUUGGUGAUAGAUACCAUUUCGCUACAGUGAGUAUUCUGAAGGAACGACUGACUAGACAAGAAAGUAGCGUGCCACAAAGGCACAGUGGAAAUCAGUUGGCCGUCUAUAAGCAUGGGUAA